UGAACGGAAAACACGCAAGAUAUGUUCGUAUAAAAAUAUCUGUUCUCCCCCCCAAAAAAAUGAUUUAACAUCACCAAAACCGGAAAAGGUUAGACUACAAUACAUCCUCUAUAGUGUGGCGAAGACGAUUAAGGAGUUUGAUGUAAAAGAUACUCCCAAAAUCGCCAAAAUGUAAUGAUUACUUUGAUGUAAGGAUGUUGAAGAAAUAUCAACCUGGUCUCUGGAAUUUGUCUUUGGAAAAGUCAAGUUUAGGAGACCAGAAUAGCUUAAUAUGGCUCGAAGUUGUACACGAAAAGAUGGAUAGAUACACUGUAGUCUAGAGGGAAAGCUGUCGUUAAGUAUGGAGAACUGUGGUGAACGAAGAGAGAAGGACAAUGAAAGAGAAGGCAGCUCAUCGUUCAUCGAAGAAAGAGAGGCUCUUCGUUCUUAUCUCGAAAAAGAAUCUCUUAGCCAUUUGGAUAACAUUUUUCCUCCUUAUAUUUCAUUGGAUUUUUUAAAAAGCCUUACUGAGGACGACUUGGAACAUGAUUUUCGUGUCAAAGACGCUAAGCAAAGACUUGAACUCAUGCAAGCAGUCGUGAAACUACGAGACGAAGACUCUGACAACGACGAGCAUGAGUCUGACUUGGAGCUUGGACUUCAAUCCAGUGCUGGCUCUCAAUCUGAUGUUUUUGUCUCUUCUACACUACCAAAGAACUUCAGGUUCAAUCGUAACCGCCUGUCAGAUGAUUUUGGUGGGCGUUGCCGCCUGGAUGGUCUGGGAUACCAAGCAUCACGAUAUGAAGAGACUUCCAAUUUAGUACGGAUGAGGGCAAAUCCUUCGCUUGGCAACUCGGAACCUAACUUAUCUGGAAGCUGUGGAGAUCUGAGUAGACGUUUAAGCACUUGUAACAUUGGAGGACGAAAGCAAACCAAAAGCUUUAUAGGUACUACUUCUAAUUGCUCAAAAUCCCAAAGGGCUCAGUCACCCCUCCCCCAGGGGUCUCAAGCCUUUUUUAGUUCUGAUAGCCCAGUAGGAAGCCCUGGAUUUCCUUCACCUGGUUUAAAUUCAAAUCACUUCCUGUUCUCCAAUGUUAGAAAGGCUGAUAGUGGUGGAGGUAGAAGAUGGUCUGUUGCAUCCCUUACAUCAUCAGGAUAUGGAACCCACACUCCUUGUUCUUCUUCAUAUUCUUCACUGGCAUCUUCCCAAGAACGUUUACAUCAGUGGGGACAGAUGUAUGGGGAUGAGUACAACUUAGCAGGGCAUUUCAGUGCCGACAGUGAUCAAGAUGAAGAAGGAAGCAGGUCACCUAAACCAAGACUACGUUCAAGAAGUCUCAGCCCUCACAGGUCUAUAGGACAACAAGAAGAUGAUUUACAAUUACUUAAUAAUUUAUACAAAGAAAGAUUUCCUAAGGCUGUACAGCAAAUGGAAGGAAAAUUAAAUGAUUUUGUUGAAGACUAUACCAGUGAAACGUUUGGCAGUGUGUUUGGUUGUGAUGGAGUAUUAAACUUUGUCUGGCAUCAGGUAGUAGAGACAGCACGUGACAUCCUCAAACAAUCCCAGGAAAAUUCCCUUACCAGUAGAUACUUCUAUGAUCUGUCAGAAAACAUGGAUAGAUUAAUAAUAGAGGCAAGACAAAAAACUGACAUUGACUUAGCACCUAUUGAGAAACUAAUGAGGAAGUUGUUGGUAAUAGUGUCUAGACCAGCAAGAUUACUGGAAUGUCUCGAAUUUAAACCAGGAGAGUUUUACAAUAUGCUUGAAAAUGAAAGCAGACAGAUGGAUGGCAUCCAGGAAAAGCUUGAUAUCACAAAGUAUGUCAAAGCACACCUUGGCCUAGACCCAGAACCUUCUGAGAACAUUGAUGAACAAGAUAAUGAAGAAGUUAUUACCCCAAGUAACCCUGCUAUACCGCCCACAGAAGACGACUUUGACUACAUUAAACUGAUCAGUAAUGGAGCUUAUGGUGCUGUGUAUCUUGUGAAACACAAGACAACCGAGACUCGAUUCGCUAUGAAGAAGAUUAGCAAACAUGUUAUGUUACUUAAGAACCAGGUUGAACAAGUAUUUGCUGAGCGUGAUAUAUUGACGUUUGCUGAGAAUCCAUUUGUAGUGGGACUGUGGUGCUGCUUUGAGACAAAGAAACACCUGUGUAUGGUGAUGGAGUAUGUAGAAGGCGGAGACUGUGCUUCUCUUCUCAAGAACAUUGGAGCUCUUCCUGUAGAUUUAGCACGCAUGUACUUCGCUGAGACAGUCCUUGCAGUAGAAUACCUUCAUAGCUAUGGCAUAGUUCAUCGGGACAUCAAACCAGACAAUUUGCUUAUUACUUCCUUGGGGCACAUCAAGCUAACAGACUUUGGACUUUCAAAGAUUGGACUCAUGAACAGCACGACCCGCAUGUACGAACAUUCCAUGGACCGAGACAAUCAGCAGUUCACAGACCAACAGGUGUUUGGUACACCAGACUACCUUGCACCCGAGGUGAUCCUAACCCAAGGUUAUGGCCGUGCGGUAGAUUGGUGGUCAAUGGGGAUCAUUCUCUAUGAGUUCUUGGUUGGUGUUCCUCCAUUCUACGGUGACACACCUGAAGAGCUGUUUGCACAUACACUAAGUGGUGAUAUAGAAUGGCCUGAAGGUGAAGAAGCACCCGAAGAAGAAGCGCAGGACAUGAUUAAGCGACUGUUAGAACAAGAUCCAGCUAACAGGCUGGGUAGUGUUGGUGCCAUUGACGUGAAGGAACAUCCUUUCUUUGAUGGCGUUAACUGGUUUGCUUUGUUGAGACAAAAGGCAGAAUUCAUUCCUCAGUUGGAUGGUGAAGACGACACAAGUUACUUCGAUACGAGAUCUGACCGUUACAACCAUAGUUUUGAGACGGACAAUGAUGACGAUGAUUACGAUGACAUUCCAGAUUUUUACAACUUUUCCACCUGCUCCCCGCGAUAUUCACGAAUCAUUUCCUCGCCCAUACCAUCACCUCCAGAAUCCACAAGCCCCAAGUCCAACCAUGACAAAAGAUCAUCUCCCAUCUUGCAAAGGAAGCGCUCUGAUAGCUCUCCACCGAUGAUUCGACGACGAGGACACGAAGAACACGAUGUGCUAGCACGGCAUGAUGAGGAACCGGGGUCCCCGAGAAUACGUCCUCGUAGCGAUAGCGGGUACGAUAUGGAGCCAAGUAGACAUGCUAUCUCUCCUCUUAUAUUCGACUCCCCAACAUCGCCAGCUCAUAAGACCAGCUCACCAGAAUCGCCCCCCACACCUCCCACCGUCAGGAUGCGUAAAAAGACUUCAGUUACAAGAUUCACUCCACUGUUGACAACUAUGUCCCUGGAUGGACCCAGUGAAGUUCGUCCAAGCCUUGAGAUGCCUACCAAGGAACAUAAACCGUUGGAUCUCCGUGUAGCGCUGCAUCGAACUCAGUCACUUCCGCCGGAUGCCAUGCGAGCAAAGCCAUCGGUGCCAAAGUUACAAUUGCCAGGAGGUGAGGAUAAUUACAAACUUAAACGUAUUAACUUGGAAAGUCCACCCGGUUCUCCUCGGCAUGACAGCACCCCGCCUGCCUCCCCCAGAAAACGACGUACUAGUACCUUUUCUAUGUGUCUGCGUCCACCAAUCGUGAUAGAGAAAGGACCACGUGGUUAUGGGUUUACGCUACAAGCUAUUCGAGUGUACUAUGGAGAUACCGAUUAUUUUACAGUACACCAUCUUGUCUCGGGAGUGGAUCAUGGCAGCGCGGCGUUCGAGUCUGGGUUACGACCAGGUGAUCUCGUGACACACGUCAAUGAUGAGCCCGUUACAGGACUGACACAUCGACAAGUGGUCGAGCUAAUCCUAGGAGGUGGUAACAAAGUAAAGCUAAACUCAACCGAAUUGUCAAAAACAACCAUCAAAACCGGUGGAAGAAAACGAAUUCCAUCAGCGAUCAAACGAGUAAGGAAAAGACCUACUCGAAAAGCAAGAAAGAACUCCGUUUCUCCUACAAACCCCCCAUCAACACCUGAUUCGAUGGACAAAACACCGAAGCACCGGCCAUUCUGGAAGAGGUUUGGACGGCGUAGUAGCCACUCGCCGGGCUCAGGGCUCCGGCGAAGUAGCUCCUUAAAGAGAAUGACUUCCAUGGAAGCGAAAUCUGGACGACCCAGUUCGCCAAAAUUCGUUUCCCCUUCGUUUGACUUUCGGGCCGUAUCGGACAAUUCAUCGUCGUCUUCGUUGAGUAGUGAUCCUUCGUCGCCAAGUUCCCCGAAGGCGCUGUCCUUAGGAAGGCCAGCAUCAUUACAUGGAUUAAUGCCUAAAUUACGAACAAACCACUCACCAAGAAGAAAAUCAUCAACACAUGUGCCUGUGUCCCCCCUGGCAAGAACCCCGUCCCCUACAUCAUCACACCCUCCACGAAGCACAUCUCCACUUACAAUCAGGGGGACGUCCAACUCACCUCAGUUCACUGCAAUCACUCAAUCUCAACGUCCUGGAUCACCUCUUCUUCGGCGUGCGCUGUCACCGGAGCUGAUCCAGUCGAUGAAAAAAUCAGAAACGAAGCCCGAGAAUCGCAACUCCUCGUCUAGUUCAUCUGAUGGUUCAAGCACAGAGAGUCCAUCGUCUGAGACCGAUAAGUGACAUAGAUAUAUAAAGUAAUGUGUUGGAAAUACUAUCUAGUAGUUACGUAAGAAGUUGGAUUAAUUUAUAAUGUACUUAGCUUGUUUUAGUGAUGGCGCAAGUUCCAAACCCGACAGGAGUUUACCCCUUUGAUUCAAAUGCCGCUGCAUUUCUAGCAAUUGCCAACUAGUACCAUCUUUACUUUCUUAAUUUGGCACUGCUAAAGUGGAUUUUGCAGUGGUAUUAAAUGAGACCAUUUGAGAAUCUCCGUCGCCCAAGAUACGGGGAGGUAUUCUGUAUUCAAGGGACAGGCACUUUUGACGUCCACCCCGUGUGUACCUCUACAAUAACUAGGUGUAGCUAUAUAUUGGCCCUGUGGUUAGUACCUAAACAAGUGCUUGCUUCUAUGAAGUAGUAUUACAUGUAUAUAGCAUAUAGACGAUUGUAUGUAUAAUGUACUGUCUUAAUUAUCUUAUCAGUCCCAUCUUUGGUCUUGCAUUCCAUUAACCAUUGGUUAUGGUCAAUAUACCAUAAGGUCUGUCCGCCUGUUAUAGUAUAUAUAAUACCGGAUGUUAUCAAUCAGCCUUCCAAAGGGUAAAACACUUUCCUCCAUUUAUGUAGUUUUCUACAGGGCGAGGUUUCACUACGACUAAAGGAUAUUUCAUGUGGUAAAAAUUCCACCGAAGAUCGUAGAUGACGUUCUAUCAGUGCAAGCAAAUGGAUAAUCCUUUUGUAUUGCAAAGUAGAAUGCGAAAGUCCUAUCGUUUGGGCCCAAUCGACAUUUGUUCUUCGGUAUACUAUGUAAGGUACUCUUGUUGAACGAUACACGUCUUCCAUAUCAUACAGAAACGUCAAACUGGAGAGUUUAUUUUUGUUAGAAUUGUUUGACAAUUGCCGAGUGUGUGGAUAAAUUUAUUUAGCUAGUGCUCAGUGAGUUAGUUUUUUAUAUAUAUUUAAUUGAUGUGGAGUGUCUGGUACGAGUUUCUUAGCUUUCAGUUCAUUUAAUAGGUGUGUAGUUUGUUGUCUUAGUUCAGUAUUUCGUGUUUUAGUGUGGCCAAGUUUUCCCCCGGAUAAAUGAACUAGUGUGAUAACUAGUGUGAUUUGCUGAACGUGCGAUGAGGCUAGUUUUGGCUCGAGUUCUUGUAUUUUUAGGUUAACUUAAAAAUGUGAGGGAAUAGGCCUCUUUACCUUGGGUGUAAUGUUUUCAUAUUUCAGACAACGUUGCAUUCCAUAGCGUAUCAUUUCUGUGACUAACGGUUGCACACGAGAAGACGCAUGAAAAUAAACACAACUCAAAGAAUCCUAUUCUCCAAAGAAUGACAAAAAGUCCAAAAUGGGAAAAACAUUACGUCCCAGGUAAAGAGAUUUAGUUCCUUGGGACAUGCUCUCUGAUUUGUGGUUUUGUGAGCUUUGAUGUGGCGUGUGUGAUUUAUUGUGAGUUUAAUUACGAUAGAGAGAAGGGUAAAGUAGGAGAAAGUCCAUAAGAAAUAGAGUGAAAUUGUAGGUUGUUUUUUAAUGUUUUGAAAUUAGUGACUGUAGAGUGGCAAAUUUUGUGACUACUUUAAUUUUUUUUUUUUUCUAAUUCAAAAUAGUUUCCUAUAUUUUUUUGACAAAACUUUAAGAGAGGUGAUAAAAAUAAGUUGUAUAAAGUGUUGUAAAUUAUUUUUGUAUUUUGUUUAAAAAAGAUUGAUAAAACGCUAGUUAGGUUCACAUUUAGAGAGAUCUGAUAUUUUCUCUUCGAACUUUAGGUUCUCUCUAAUCGAUCUACAGUAGUACGUCAGUUUCUAUCUAAACACGUGAUCCAUGGAGAGCUAGUGCUCUUUGAGACUGGGAAGGAUAUAGGCCCAGUCCCUAUCUAACUUUUGAGAAUCGGGGCCAGUUUCAGGCGUGGAGUUUCUUGUGUAUCGAAUGAAUGAAUGAACUCGUUACAUAAAACAUUCCAAAUCUGGACUCAACCCGCUUUCAAUUACAUUAAGAAAUGUACUCUAUAGUUGUUAUACACACAUGCUGAUAUACGAUCAUGAUGUAUUAGUUCAGUCAUAUGAUUUACUGUUAGAAACCUGGUGGACUAAGACUUUCUUUGUGUCGUCACGCAACGCUUCUCUCCCUAUGUUGCGUGACGAACCAAAGGAGCCUACUAGGAGACCGACCCCUGGGUGUCUAAUGACUCCCUCUCUUUCAUUUUUCUAUACCCACCUACCUUUGGUCCAGCUGGCCCACAAGUCGCUGGGUACCCUGUGUGGGUAGAAUACACACAGUCAUUUGAGCUUCAUUCUAGAUGAUAUUUAAAAAUAAGACCCGAACCCCCAAAAGAGGUCUAAUUGCUUUAGUCUAAGCCUAUUAAGCAGUCAAGUAAAUAGAUAAAAUCAAGGCAUAAUAAGUUAUCGGACGGGGAAAAACUACCAGUCCAUUAACGUUAAUCAGUUAGCUCGAAUUAGAAUUACAAGACAUUUUGUUGUACAUAUGAAUUAUCAGGUCUGUUGAUCUGAAAGAACCUAUUCGCGUUGGUAUAAGAACUGUGCCCGGUUGUACGAAGGAUGGAUGGAUAGCGCCAUCCGACGGAUAAAUCCUGGUCUUUGGAUAGGUCGAUGCUGUCAAUAAAUAUAUCAAAUAAAUUUAUCCACUGGAUAAGAUUUAUCCGUCAAGUAGCACAAUCCGCCCUUCGUACAGCCGGGCCCUGAUAUUCACUUGUCGAGGUUCGUUGUGCUGGUUUGGGGUCAUCAUGAAAUAUUUAUUUUUCAUCUCUUUUUUGAUUGCAUUCAACUGGGGAAUGUUUCACGAGAGCAGAAGUGCAUGACUUUUAUCAAAUAGACCUAAAAGAAAUACACCAGUUUCACAUUCAAUGCAUACCUCUGUUUUUGAAGACUACAUUUGAAUAGGUUUAGCCUCGUUUAUAAGUCAGCUAUUCACAGAUACCAUUAAAAGUCCGUGGGAUUUCAAAACAUUGGUAUUGUUCAAGCUGCACAUUCUUUACAUUAAAGUUGACAUUUGCAAAUGAUUUACUCUUAAGCGAGGCUAAGCCUGCGGAGAUGAGUCUUCAGUCUUAAAACACAGCGGUAUUUACGGAAUGAGAAAAGGGACUAUUAACUUUUGGAACUUUUUGAUGCGUAUAUGCACGGGAACAAGGUGAACUUGUUUUGUGAUGACUCCCAGCAAACAUACUAUAAAUAUAUGUGCCAUAGGCCGUUUGCAUGAUAGCGUCAUUUGACUUCCACUACCAAGAUGCUUCGCGAAUUUUCUUAUUUAAAUUUGUAUUCCCUCUUGAGAAUAGUAAGACAAUUGGUGCUAAUUAACUGAACAAAAGAAAGCGUGCAAGGGAGUCUGGUAGUGGACUCAAAUAACUCCAUCAUGCAAACGACCUAUUGAUUAUGCACAGGAUACAGCUUGUGUAGUGAUACAUUUAGGGGGGAGGACCUUACCAUCCUUCACACCCCUUUUUAAGUGUCAUUCUGCAUGCUAGAUAAAUUAUGAGCAGUGUAUAUUGCUGGAAUUAAACAACUCAUUAGUAUAUGAGUAAUAUAUUGUACAUAUUUGAUAAAUAAGAAUUAAUGGAAACGAUAUCAUUGUUGAGGUGUGAAAUAAACGUCUGACGUCUGAUGGA